CCUCCCACUACAAGCGCGACCCGGCCCGGCGACUGGGCCCUAGGGUUCUCUGUCGGGGCCCAGUGCCUCGGCGCCCAUGUGCGUGGUGUGCUUUGUGAAGGCGCUAGUGCACUUGUUCAAGAUCUACCUGAUGGCAAACUACACCUACAACUUCCGCGGCUGGCGUGUGGACUUCCGCUGGGAUGAGUGCGCGGCGGCCGCGGCGGGCGUGUGGCUGCUGCGGGGCGCGGCGCUGGGCGAAGAUGCGCAGGGGUGGCCGCCCUGCGGGGCGCGCAGCCAGGCACAGGGCCUCCUGCAGCAGAUCUGUGAGCUGCCCGGCCAGCUCGCCAGCUACGCGCUGGCCCACUCAAUGGGCCGCUGGCUCAUGUACCCCGGCUCCAUGUUCCUGAUGACGUGCGCGCUGCUGCCGCUGCUGCAGCAGGGCCAGGAGCGCCUGGUGGACUGCUACCGUGGCCGGCGCGCCAAGCUGGCGGCCUGUGACGGCAACGAGAUCGACACCAUGUUCAUGGACCGCCGCCAGCGCCCGGGCAGCCAUGGCCGCGGCCUGCGCCUCGUCAUCUGCUGCGAGGGCAACGCCGCCUUCUACGAGAUGGGCUGUCUGUCGGCGCCGCUGGAGGCCGGCUAUUCGGAGUUGGGCUGGAACCACCUGGGCUUCGGGGGCAGCACGGGCGCACCGUUCCCUCAGCACGACGCCAACGCCAUGGACGUGGUGGUCAAGUCCACGCCGCACCACCUGCCCUUCCUGCCCGCGCACGUGGUGGUCUACAGCUGGUCCGUCGGCGGCUUCACGGCCACGUGGGCCACCAUGACGUACCCGGAGCUGGGCGUGCUGGUGCUCGAUGCCACCUUCGAAAACCUCGUGCCGCUGGCGCUGAAGUUCAUGCCCCGCAGCUGGAAGGGGCUGGUGGUGCGCGAGCACUUCAAUCUCAACGUGGCCGAGCAGUUGUGCCGCUACCCCGGGCCGGUGCUGCUGCUCCGGCGCACGCUGGACGACGUGGUCAGCACCUCGGGCCCCCUGCGCCCCCUGCCGUCGGGCGACGUGGAGGGCCACCGCGGCAACGAGCUGCUUCUGCGCCUGCUGCAGCACCGCUACCCCGCCGUGAUGGCGCGCGAGGGCUUCGCUGUCGUGACCCGAUGGCUGCGUGCCAGCAGCCUGGCGCAGGAGGCCGCCUUCUACGCGCGCUACCGCGUGAACGACAACAGGUGCCUAGCCCUCCUGCGCUUCUACCGCGCGCGCUGCGAGGACCGGCAGGAGGACGAGGAGGCCUGGGGCCCGCACGGGCUCGCUUUCCCCUGGCUAGUGGGCCAGGGCCUGGGCCGCCGGCAGCUCGCGCUGUUUCUGGCUCGCCAGCACCUCAAGAACGUGGAGGCGACCCACUGUAGUCCGCUGUAACCCGAGGACUUCCAGUUGCCCUGGAGGCUGUAG